UAUUGACUCACUGGCGCGCGCUUCAUCGUGAGAAUUUACUAAUAUCAUACGCCGACGAAUGAGUCACCCCUACAUAAAGAAACAAGCUAUUUUCAUCUACUGCACUCCUACAGAACCUUCAUCAGGACGUGGUUAUGGAUAGGACGUGGCUGACACCGGCUGCUUGUGGAGUUAUCCUACCUGGACCGUAUGAAAUGGACUUCUGUUUAUUCUGACAAAUUUAUGGAUUUGUAAUCAUCGUUAUCUGACUCCUUCAAAUAACUUUUAAUUGGAAUUAUUGCGACAUGGCAAGGAUUUUUUUCGUAUCAGGAUUUUUGCUAGUACUGGCAUCAAUUCUCUCAAAAGGUACUUUGUCCUUUGGCGCAGCGAUCAAGUCCGAGGCGCUACUGGAGGUCCCCCUGGCGAGUCCAGAAGGGGAGCCGAGAGGUGCCUUUGCUCUUGAGGGACGCAUCGUGCGGCCACUGUCCACCCCGAACCCUAAGACAAGAUCGAAACGCUGCACAUGUUACUCCUACAAAGAUAAGGAGUGCGUCUAUUACUGCCAUCUGGAUAUCAUCUGGAUUAACACUCCUGAACGUACAGUGCCCUAUGGGAUGUCGAGCUACAGAGGACAUCAGCGAAUCAGGCGUACCGCUGAUAGUUUGCCCUCUGACCCUGAAGAAGUGGAAUAUCUGCGUUGUGUUUGUGCCAAUCCAAGGGUUGACCGUCAUUGCAGUGACUUCUGCCAAUCCAGCAGUUCCCCACAGAAAGCACCAAACAGGACUACUUCCAGGGGCCGAUGAGUGAUCUCUUCACUUUCAUUCGUCUUCACCUCAUCCACCCUCCCAUCCCCUCCACCUUCCCAUCCCCUCCACCCCCUUAUCCUGCUCUGUCCUUGGGUGCAAGCUGCUCAUCAUGAACAGAAUUUUCAAGGGGAGAAACAUAUUUUCAGUUUCCUGGAACCCAUUCUGUACCAUCUGGUUGAAUGGUUACAUCAUUCACAAAUACAACAUUUUAGGCAACUCGCACAGUCAAAUUGAAUCAAAACAUGGAGACCAAUGACCUAGCUCUCACUGAGCUUAAUCACUUAAUUAUAUAUUCACUGGUAAGAGUUUUCAUGAGCACUAUUGUUUUACCUGAAUGAACUUUUGCUGAAUCACAGGGAAGGGCUUUUUCUGUUAACCAAAACCCAAUCAAAACAUUCUGGAAAAUCAAGGAUGCAGAGACGUAUAAUUCAGCUCCUAACCUCUAACUAAGGACAGGUGACAGUCAGUCAGUUAGUCAGUUUCCUGGCGGAUUACAUUUUCCUGACACUAGGACAUGGGGAAAUGGACCUCAAGCUCAUUUUUUGAAAACUUCAAAGCUUUCAAAACGGUGGAUAAAAUAUAUCUACAGUACAGCUAUAUAUCUGCAGUAUAUCAAUGACCUGCGAAGGAAUACGAUUUUUUUAUGUUCAAUUAUUUGUUAUGCAUUUUUACACACUUUUGUAUUGAUAUUGAGCAGCAUGUGUUAUAAGUUUAAAAAGGGAUAUGUAUGUGAGAUGGCAAUGUACAGUAUAUCCAUGUUGAACGGUCCAAAAUGUCAAUUUGCGAUAUAAAAUAAGAUAACCACAAUAUUUAUAUUCAUAUCCAGAGGAAAUUACCUUAUAAUUUACUGUAGUAGUAUUUGCAGAUUUUGGUUUUGUGUUGCUGAGUAUGUUGGACUGGUCUUCCUGUUUCAGAUGACUGAUGAUGAUUAUAUUGGCAAAUCCAGGAGAACUUGGCCACAUCUAAAAGCUGCAUGUUAAAUGAGACACGUUAGGAAGUCAUACUUGUCUGAGUAACUAGAGAGUGAAACCUUUGAAACGCCUUGCUUAAGUUGCUAACCUCAAAAACAGAACUGAAGUGGUAUAUACCUCCCUUUUUCAACGUGACAUAAACCAUGUUAAUCUACUUUGCAUUACUAUGUUCACAUAUUUCACAUGCCUUUCCAAGAUUGUAUUUCCUGGUGUUUUAAGUUACCAUUUUAGACUAUAAAGUUCCGGAUUUACAGACUGUGCUAUGUUUCAUAGCUCAUCCUUAAUGCCACAUAUGCUGCAAAAACGAAACCGAGAAUGGAGGUCUCAUAGUCUCAAAGUGUCCAUUUUGACUGGCCAAUUAAACCCUUGGCAUACUGGGCAAGGAACACACAUCACACACACAAUGUCCUACUCAAAAUGCUCACAGACACAGAAAGCACCAGACUCGAACAUCGCUGAUAUGCAGAGGUUUUUUUUUCAGAUACGUUUUUGGGCAUUUGUGCAUUAUUUUGAUAGUUACAGUAUGUGGAGAGGACAUGAAAGGCAGGGGGAGAGGUAGAGAGAGAGAGAGAGGGGAUGAAAUGGAGUAAUUUCCCCAGGCUGGAAACAAACCCAAGCAGCUGCAGGUUUGUUUCCAGCAUAGGGAAAUUACUCAAUUUCAUCUAUGUGGUAUGUGUUCUACCAGGUCAACCACAGGGAUGGCUCUAGAGUUGUUGUUUUUAGGUGACAGUUGGCCUUGGUACUGUGUGUGGUUUUGGUGAAAUUUAGAUGACUGACAAAUAAGGGAAUGUAAUUAAAUAUUUGCCUGUUUUUUCCUUACUUCUGCAAAA